CAUCAAUGGACUGAGCAGUUAAAGCUAGCAGUGAUAUGGAAAGAGAAAGUGCCAUUGUCUUAGGUAGCAUCCUUUCAGCUUCCCGCUGAAUUUCGAAAGCAAUCCCAACAACGUUGAUUCCCGAUACUUGGUUUCGUUUCGUCUCAUGUUCAUGUACAGCAAGAUAGAAUGGCCAAGUAGAAGAAGGUAGUACUCAUAGAAGACCCUUCUCUACUUCUAUUGGAUGAAAAUUGAAGAUGGAGAAAAACAUGAAUCCUCACGAACAGCGCGCCCAAGCGGCCGCUGAGCGACUGAAGUCUACGAAGAAGUUGAUUGGCCAAGCGUCCACGACGAACGCCGGCCUUUUGUGGGCAACCCGUCAAGGUGCUGUGCCGGCGCUCUUUUUGGCAUUGGGAGUAUCGUUCCUCGCCUCGCAGUUCGUGGACGCUCGUGAGAUCGUUUGUUUAGCACUCAUUUUUGCGCUAGCGUACCUCUACGCCAAAGCGGAGCGACUCGAAGUAGCAAGUAAGGAGCUCGAGGCGCGAGUGGCAGCAGAGCGCAAAGGCAGAACCUCCGCAGAGCGCCUUCUUGCAGAGACAACAGAAGCUAAAACCAACUCUGGCGCAUCAAAUACGAAAAAUAAUUCGAGUUCUUCUUAUCAAAUCCGCGCGAUCGGUUUCUUGCAAUCCCCUUUUCGACAACGAUGUGGCACUCCACGACAAUCAGGGCUAUGUCCGUCCGUGCGAAGCGAGCUACGACUAGUUUCCUGCUUGAAUGCCGCAAGCUGUCUCGAUGGUCUCGAAGCCUACUCGCAUCUGUGGGUCUCCUACAUUUUCCACAAGAACACCAACCUCAGCAAAGAGCAGCGCGCUUUGCGGAAUCGAUGUUCUGGAGCUGGAGCAGAGACCAACAAAGCAAAAACCGGAACGAAAUCGGGGGAAGCAGAUGUAGUUGACGAAGAUGACUCACAGGACUCCCCAAAUAAUCCUCCACUUUCUCUGCAGGAACAAGUAAAAGCGCCUGACUUCCAGGGUCUGGUUACGAAAAUCUUGCCUCCGAGAGGACAUAAAAAAGUCGGAAUCUUUGCGUGCCGCACACCGCAUCGGCCGAAUCCCCUAGGCCUUUCGUUAGCGAAAAUCGAGUCUAUCGACCAUCAAGCAGGAGUCCUGACUCUUUCGGGCCUAGAUGUAGUGGACGGCACGCCAGUGGUCGACAUGAAACCCUAUCUACCGCAGACAGAAUGCCAUCCAGAAGCAGUCGUACCAGAUUGGGUAAGAGCAAGCUACGCCGUCGAGAGAUUCGAGACGCACUGGAGACCAAAAUGCGAAGCUUUUCUCGCACAACACAUGGGCGUAACCAUAGCAGCGACCACUCAUGCCACAAUUUCACAACCGACAGAAGAAGAAGCAUCAAUAGCUGGAAUUGGAGAUGAGGCCUCACAAAAAUUCCCAUCUUCCCCCGCUGCUGCAAUGUCUGGCGGUGGCGGCAGUGGCCGCGAGUCCUUGUCUUUUCACGAUAGCGAAGAGGUAGCACGGAUUAAGCAGUGUGUGGAGGAGAUAUUAGCCAACGACAUACGAAGCAAAUUCCAGAAGAAAAAGCAUGAAGAGUCUGACUUCCGAGGCACACUCCGCUUUGCCGAUUAUCUCUUUGAGUAUGAACUGAGCGAUCAUGUCAACAGGGUUGUCCGUUGCAGCUUACUCAGUGACAUGCAGGAAGCACAAGAAUAACCUUCAUCGACCUGUAUCUUCAGAUGAGCUAUAACUGCUUCUUUUUACAGGAUGCGUUGUUCAUUACCCCGCCUUACCUCUACUUGUGGUCGUGCCCCCGUGCGAAAGCUACACAGUCUUGAUCUUGAGCUCCUACAGAAUAUGUCACGCCGUGCGUGGGCUUUCUUCGCUAUGAAAAAUUGUAUGUUCUUCUACAUGUUG